AUGUCGUUGUUGCUCAUCUACGGUGUUGUGGCGUUAAGCUUUUAUUUGGUCGUGUACUAUAAUGUUUUCAGAGGAUGUAGAUGUACAAGUUCUGUAAAGUUGAAGGGGAAGACAGCGAUAGUGACAGGUGGUCUCGCGGGCGUUGGGAAGGCCACGGCGGUGGAGCUGGCCCGGCGAGGGGCCCGGGUUAUCCUGGCCUGCCAGCAGCAGGGGGCGGAGGCUGCUGUCCGUCACAUCAGAACCGAGAGUGGGAGCAGCGAGGUGGAGUUCAUACAGCUGGAUCUAGCAAGUCUGCCGUCUGUUCGCUGCUUUGCAGAAACCUUCCUGAAGAUGGAGCCCAGACUGGAUCUGCUUAUUAACAACACAGGUGUGAUGGGUCCUGGAUGCACAAAGGACGGCUUUAUCCUGGCCUUUGGAGUGAACCAUUUGGGUCACUUUCUACUGACCAACCUUCUACUUGACCGGCUAAAGCAGUGUGGCCCAAGUCGUGUGGUCAAUGUGUCAGCACUUCUUCACCGAUUGGGCACCAUUGACUUUGCACACUUUGCUUCCCAAAAAGACUUUGUGUCAAACCAGUCUAUGUGGCAAAGCUUCAGGGCAUACUGCAACAGCAAGCUGUGUAACGUGCUCUUCACCAGAGAGCUCGCCAACAGGCUGGAGGGCACCAGCGUCGCAUGCUUCAGCCUCAAUCCAGGGGUUGUCUACACGGAACUGUGUAGAAAUAUAAGCCAGUGGCAGAAAGUCCUAGUAAUGCCCUUGGCAAAGCUCUUCUUCCUUGACCCCAUAGGAGGCUGCCAGACUACCCUUCACUGUGCCCUCCAAAGGGGCAUUGAGCCCUUAAGCGGUCGCUACUUCUCUUCUUGUGCGCUGCAGGAAGUGGGGGCCAAAGGGCGAGAUGAUGCCUUGGCCAGGAAGCUGUGGGAAGUGAGCGAGCGGUUAACUGGUUUAAUUUAA